UCUGAAUAACUGCUUUUGCCCUCACCUGAAAUAUUUGUAUAAUGUCAUUAUUACAUAUAUUUCCCACACACAAUUCAAAAGAACUUGACAUUACCAUUUUGAGCAUGAAGUAGAGACAAGAAACAAAUGCUAAGAGGGAUAAGACAUCAUUGGAUAAUGAGCAGGGGAAGCAGCAGGCAGCUAUGGGGAAGUGGUUAACACAGGAAUCUUACUUUACUCUUCAUUUAAUUUGGAGUGUUUAGGAGCACAGACAACCAUGGGCUUCUGGUGGCUACAUCUCAGACACUUUUGUAGAAUUAGGGGUCUUCUCUGUGCCCCAAAAUAUUAGAACAAAAAUGGGAUGACCAUGUUUUAAUUACUAGUUCUAUGGGUAAUAUUCAGACAGAGGGAAUAUUUAUCAGACACUGGACCCUGAUAGAAUUGUGACAUCAGCAAAAAGCCAACCAAUCAAUUCCUUUCUAUGUGUCCCACCUGUAGGGUUGACUAUCCUCUGUUUGACCAGGGAUUAUCUUUCUUGCCCUUCAAGCAAAGCCAUGCAGCUCAAGGUGAAGAGACUGUUAGGACAGCAGUGCUGCCUCCAAGUAUCCGGCCACGAGAGCAUCUCUCUGUUGAAAAGCCUGGUCUCAGAAGAACUGAAGGUCCCUGAGGAUCAGCAGACCUUGUUGUUUCAGGGCAAAGUACUAGAUGAGCAGCACAAGUUGUCAGAUUAUUCUAUUGGCCCAGAAUCCGUCCUCUAUCUUGCCAUUAAAAAACCUGAGCUAACACCUCUGAAAGAGCCCUCAAAACCCACCUUUGCCCAGGCCCAUUCUGUGUGGUAUCAGCUCUCCCAAGUCCUGGAGAACCACUUCAAAACCUCUGAUGCCAUAAAGGUCCUUGAAAGAGUCUUGAAUGACUACUACAGAAGCCUUGGCUUGUUGAGUUUGAAAAACAUUGAAGAGUUAGCCAGGGAUAUUCUGAAUCCCAAGGAAACUGAGGCUGAGUCCAAGAUUACAAGUGAGUUUCCACAGCAAGAGAAACAUCCCAGCCAAGCCCCAGUAGCUGGAAAUAGGAGGGAGCAAGCAACUCAGACUGAACCACAGGCACUUCUGGAUGGAUAAUAACACUGAAAGACCUCUGAGUGUACUUGAUGAUGAUAGCAGUGCUGAGGGAGAGGGGGAAACCGGGAUGGUGGUACUGAACUAGAA